CCGCGCCUGCGUCGCGCAAGGCUGUGGGGACUCGAGGUCUCCUAGGUUGUCGGAACCGGCAAUUUUUGGCUUUCUCACCUCGUUCCUGCCAGGCCAGGGCUUACCUUCUUCCCAUUUCAGUGCGACCAUGUUUGUUCCCUGCGGAGAAUCGGUCUCCGACCUCGCGGGUUUCACCCUCUUGAUGCCAGCAGUAUCCGUUGGAAAUGUUGGCCAGCUUGCAAUAGAUCUAAUUAUUUCUACACUGAAUAUGUCUAAGAUUGGUUACUUCUAUACCGAUUGUCUUGUGCCAAUGGUUGGAAACAAUCCAUAUGCAACAUCAGAAGAAAAUUCAACAGAACUCAGUAUAAAUGCUGAAGUAUAUUCAUUGCCUUCAAAGAAGCUAGUGGCUCUUCAGUUAAGAUCCAUUUUUAUUAAGUAUAAGUCAAAGCCAUUCUGUGAAAAACUGCUUUCCUGGGUGAAAAGUAGUAACUGUGCCAAAGUUAUUGUUCUUUCAAGCAGUCAUUCAUAUCAUCGUAAUGAUCUACAGCUUCGCAGUACACCUUUCAGAUACCUACUUACACCUUCCAUGCAAAAAAGUGUUGAAAAUAAAAUAAAGAGCCUUAAUUGGGAAGAAAUGGAAAAAAGCCCAUGCAUUCCUGAAAUACGUGAUUCUGAGUUUUGUAUCCGUGUACCUGGUGGAGGUAUCACAAAAACACUCUAUGAUGAAGGCUGUUCUAAAGAAAUCCCAGUGGCGGUUCUGCUGAAAUUUGUUUCAGAAGGAGACAAUAUCCCAGAUGCAUUAGGUCUUGUUGAGUAUCUUAAUGAAUGGCUUCAGAUAAUCAAACCACAUAUAUUUAGAUGACAUCUCUGUUGAUGUGCUUCUAUGAGAUUCCCUGGAGAAAUUAAAAGGCACAGGAAAGCUCAGAAGAUGUGCUACCAGGCCUCAUAGGAACUGCAAAUUGAAAUCUGGAUUGUCCCCUUGAUCCCAAUGACAGCCUGAUACACCUCCUGCUAUUUGCCACUGCAUGCAAAACUCAGCAGAACUUCCGGUGCUUAGCCUACUUGUCUCUGCUUCUCCAGCUGAGUGCCCACCUUGCUGUAGGCCCCACAUUCUGCUUCCCAUCUUCUCUUCUGGUGCCCCACAUGCCAACUCCCGAAGAGGAGCAACUGUGACAAAGUCUCUCUUGUCCAGCCUGGUACUUUGGCCCAGGCACCAUCCCACAGACCAUCAGCUAGGUAGUGAACAAGUGUACAAAAAGUGACCUGUGUAGGCAGGAUAAUUGGCAGGCCCUUGGGAGCUUCAUAGCCUGUCCAGGUCACAUCUAAUGGGUGAUGCUCCGUGCUUGUGCCAAAAUUCAUUUUUAUUUCAUUUAAAGAUAAAUCAGGAGAAAGCAAAUCUUUGAAUAACAAAGCUAUACCAAAAAUAAUGUGGUCUGCUCUGAGCUUUCUUUUCCUCUUUCUUUAGGAGUUAUUUUCAGUUCUCUGUGGCAGAUGUAGAGAAAAAAUAUGCACACUGUCUAUAUGGACACUGAGGAGAUGCCCUGAAACCAGCCUGGUUGGGCUGGUCUGAGGAAGUGAUGUGGGCAUUGAGUGGGAGUUAAUCACACAAACAAGGGGAGGGGAUAGUGCACACUGGCACAGGAAAGAACUUGUGUAAAGUCAGGGAAACAGGCAACAGUGAGCUAAUGUUAGUGGAAUCUCACUAUCUAAUCUCCACUCUGCACUUUAUCUUUGCAUCCAGUGCCUAACAAGUAGUACCAUCUUAAUAAAUGUGGAAUGACUAAACAAUUGUACAAGCAGGAAUUCUCAUGUGGGAGAGCCCAGUGAAAACUCACAAUGAGCAGAAUAUAGUGGGCAUAUUGAGGACUCAUUAUCAUAACAUGUGUAUGCUCUUCAAUAUUUGUGGUUACAGAAGUAGAAACCAAAAUAGCUGAACUGCUUUUCAUAUCAGAGGAGAAAAAACAUGAAGCUGAUUGCUA